AAAUAAAUAAAAAAAUAAAAAUCUAAGAAGACAAGACAAACUAGAAAACUACGUUUAACAAAACCAGUGCUGAAAUUCAAUGAUAUUUGUAAAGAAUUUGACUUUACAAAACAAAACUGACAAUCUAAUUAACUACCCACGGAAAUUUGUAAGUGCAAGGCAUCUAUUCCAUGGUCCAUGCCAUUUAGAUUAUCCCUGCAUCACACAUCCUCGGCUAUGGCGGCAUGUCAAUACACUAAACGUAUUCAUCUACUUCCUUAUUUGGAGAUAACCAUAAUAAUUUUGUCUUUCAUAAUUCCACAGGCAUCUCUAUUAGACUUCAGCUAUCAGCAAUUUCUCAACAAGUAUGAUACCUUAAAUUUUGAAGGAGAUGUUUAUCAUGACAAGGGAUUCCUCCAACUCACCAAGUAUGAGAAAGACAGUGUUGGCAGAGUCACAUAUUACAAACAGCUUCAUCUUUGGGAUAAGGAAUCAAGAAAACUCACAGACUUCACUUCCAAUUUCUCCUUCAUUAUCAAUGCACCAAACAAAACCAGCCUUGGAGAUGGCAUCACAUUCUUCCUUGCCAGCCCCAACUUUCCACUUCCUGUCCCACCAGAUGGAACUGGUAUUGGCCUUGUGAGCCGUCAACAAAUGCAAGAUCCAAAUUACCCUAAUCAGCAUCCAUUUGUAGCAGUGGAGUUUGACACCUUUUGGAAUAAAUUUGAUCCUCAAUAUGACCAUGUAGGUGUCGAUAUUAAAACCGUGAGAAGUCCUUUCACUGCAGAAUGGUUUAGUAUUAAGGAUGGUAGAGUAUAUGAUGCCCAAAUUAGCUAUAAUUCUUCUUCACACAAUUUAAGUGUUAUCUUCACAGGAUAUAAGGGUAAUAUCUCAGUCAAGCAAGACUACUAUCACGUAGUUGACUUGAGACAGGUUCUACCGGAUUGGGUUGAGUUUGGCUUCUCUUCAGCAACAGGAUUGUUAUAUGAAAUACAUACACUUUGCUCAUGGUCUUUUAGUUCGAAUUUGGACUUGGAAGUGCAUAAGGAUGAAAGCAAGAAGAGGCUGGUGAUUGGGCUGUGUAUUGGUUCAGCUGUUUUAAUUGUUGGUUUGGGAUUAGCUUGGCUUAUGAUGUUGAAAAUGAGAAGAGGCAAGGAAGAUGGCGUGGAACUUACUAUGGACGAUGAUUUUGAAAGGGGGACUGGACCUAAGAAAUUUUCCUAUGAUGAACUUGUUAGAGCAACUAACAACUUUGCAGAGGAACAGAAGCUCGGACAAGGAGGUUUUGGUGGAGUCUACAAAGGAUUUAUAAGAGAGUUAGAUGACUAUGUUGCAGUUAAAAGGGUUUCACGGGGAUCUAGACAGGGUGUGAAAGAGUAUGCAUCUGAAGUUAAGAUCAUUAGUCAACUUAGGCACAGGAAUUUGGUGCAGCUCCUUGGAUGGUGCCACAAGAAAAAUGAUCUUCUACUUGUCUAUGAGUUCAUGUCAAAUGGAAGCCUAGAUUCCCAUCUUUUUGGAGGCAAAAAUCUCCUAACAUGGGCAGCAAGGUAUCACAUUGCUGCAGGCCUAGCAUCAGCAUUAUUGUACCUACAUGAAGAAUGGGAGCAAUGUGUGAUUCAUAGGGACAUCAAAUCAAGUAAUGUUAUGUUGGAUUCAAAUUUCAAUACAAAGCUUGGAGACUUUGGAUUAGCCAGGCUGGUAGAUCAUGAGAAAGGGUCACAAACAACAAUUUUAGCUGGAACAUUAGGAUAUAUGGCCCCUGAAUCUGCUACAAGAGGCAAAGCUAGUAGAGAAUCCGAUGUAUACAGUUUUGGUGUUGUUGCUUUGGAGAUAGCCUGUGGAAGAAAACCAAUUGAACUAAAAGCCAGGGAAGAACAAAUCCUUAUGGUGGAAUGGGUUUGGGAACUCUAUGGCAUGGGUAAUCUACUAGAAGCAGCUGAUCCAAGAUUGUGUGGGGACUUUGACGAGCAAGAAAUGGAAAGGUUAAUGAUAGUUGGCCUAUGGUGUGCACACCCAGAUUUUAUUUUGAGGCCUACAAUUAGGCAAGCAGUACAUGUUCUUAACUUUGAAGCUCCAUUGCCUAAUCUCCCAUCAAAGAUGCCCAAACCCACCUUCAUUGUUCCUUCUAUUACUGCUCCUGCAUCUUCAAGCACCCCAUCAUCUAAUGUUAAUGCUAUUGAACUUACUCGAACCGACCCUUUAUCUAGUAGCUCCAACACUUGCUUUUCACAAUCCAACACAUCUGCAGCACUUUUGCACACAUAUUAAGUUGAUAUAUAUGUAAUUUGUUUUUUAACUUGUA